CAAACACAACAACCACAGCUUCAAAACCCACCCGGCCUCUCCUCUCGUCUCCUCUAUCACUUCCAGCAAACAGUAACAUAACGCUUUUUUUUUUUUCUAAAAAAGACAAAAAAAAAAAAAAACUUGACUUUAGCGGCCAUGGCUAUGCUCUCAACUUCACUCUCCGGUCCAAAAUCUGCAACUUCGUAUUGCGCGACUGAGUUCUCCGGUCUUCGCCGUUUAUGUCCAAACAACAAUACCAACAACUCUCAUUCCCAGUCCUUUCUUCGCUUCUCUUCUCCCCGGAAACCUCUUAGAGGAGUCUUUGCCAUGGCUGGCACUGGACAGUUCUUUGUUGGAGGAAAUUGGAAAUGUAAUGGAACAAAAGAAUCCAUUACCAAGCUCGUUUCAGACCUGAACAGCGCAAAGUUGGAGUCUGAUGUCGACGUUGUUGUAGCACCUCCCUUUAUUUACAUCGAUCAGGUCAGGUCUUCCUUAACAGACAGGAUUGAGAUAUCAGCUCAGAACUCUUGGGUCAGUAAGGGUGGGGCUUUCACAGGAGAAAUCAGUGUGGAACAACUGAAAGACAUUGGCUGCAAGUGGGUUAUCCUUGGGCAUUCUGAGCGUAGACAUGUAAUUGGCGAAGACGAUCAGUUUAUAGGAAAGAAGGCAGCUUAUGCCUUGAGCCAGGGUGUUGGAGUAAUUGCUUGUAUUGGUGAACUGUUGGAAGAAAGAGAAGCAGGGAAAACUUUUGAUGUUUGUUAUCAGCAACUGAAGGCGUAUGCAGAUGCUGUGCCCAGCUGGGAUAAUAUAGUCAUUGCAUAUGAGCCUGUUUGGGCUAUUGGUACUGGUGUAGUGGCCACACCUGCGCAGGCUCAGGAAGUACAUGUAGCUGUUCGUGAUUGGCUUAAAAACAAUGUCUCGGCAGAAGUCGCAUCAAAAACACGUAUUAUAUAUGGAGGAUCCGUGAAUGGAGGAAACUGUGCUGAACUUGCAAAGCAAGAAGAUAUUGACGGUUUCCUUGUUGGUGGUGCAUCCUUGAAGGGCCCUGAGUUUGCUACCAUUGUCAAUUCUGUAACAUCCAAGAAAGUUGCUGCUUGAUUAUAUGAAAUUGGCGUUGGAAACUAUAACAAAUAAAGGGCAAAAAGGAGCUGCUUCAUUUUGAAGCUUACUGUAAUCAACCUUUGAGUUAAGUCUUAUCAAAUGAAGUUUUGAUUAUUUAUCCA